AUGUCAUCCCCUAAUCCCACAACCACCUGUCUACCCGCUUCAGGCAGUAAUGUCCAUAAAGUAGAGUUACCGGAGAACGCCUUGGUCUUGGCUCCGACUAGACAGUUGCAGAGCUUGUUGACUAUCAUAAGAGAUGAGAAGACUCAAAGAGGUGAUUUCGUAUUCACUUCAGAUAGGAUUAUCAGACUUUUGGUAGAAGAAGGUCUCAAUCACCUUCCAGUCAUAUCCAAGAAAGUAACUACACCCACAGGAAAAGUAUACGACGGGGUAGCAUUCCAAGGUAGGAUCUGUGGUGUGUCAAUCAUGAGAGCUGGAGAAGCUAUGGAAGCUGGUUUAAGAGAUUGUUGUCGUUCAGUGCGAAUUGGAAAGGAUGAAGAGACUUACCAACCGAAGUUAUUCUACGCCAAACUGCCCGAUGACAUAGCGAACCGAUAUGUGCUCCUCCUCGACCCCAUGCUUGCUACCGGUGGAUCAUGUAUCAAAGCCAUCGAAGUAUUGCUUGAGCAUGGUGUAGAAGAAGAGAAGAUCUUGUUCUUAAACUUAAUUGCCUCACCUGAAGGUAUCCAGAAAGUGUGCACUAGGUUCCCCAAGCUUCGUAUCAUAACCGCCUGGGUAGAUGAAGGUCUCGAUAGCAAUUCAUACAUUGUACCAGGUCUUGGUGAUUUCGGAGACAGGUGA